UUACCGAAAACUCUCGUGAGUCUUCUUUUGCUUGCUUGCACUCACACAUGAGGAGCACUAGCUGGGUGGUCCACUACCUUCUUCUUCUUCUUCUUCUUCUUUGUGGAUAAAUCUCUCUGACCUUAUUCGAAGACAAAACUCAUUAUUCUCAAUCUCUGUAAAUCUUGAUUUCUUCAACGUUUAAGGAAGAGAAGAAAUGUCAUGGGAACAAUUAGGAGAAAUUGCGUCAGUGGCUCAGCUUACAGGCGUAGACGCUGUGAAACUUAUUGGAAUGAUAGUGAGCGCCGCGAACACGGCUCGAAUGCACAAGAAGAAUUGUCGUCAGUUCGCUCAGCAUCUUAAGCUUAUUGGUAAUUUGCUCGAGCAGCUAAGAAUCUCUGAGAUGAAGCAAUAUUCAGAGAUUCUUGAGCCGCUUGAAGGGCUUGAAGAUGCUCUUAGAAGAUCUUACAUUUUAGUUAAUAGUUGUCAAGAAAAGAGUUAUCUUUACUUGUUGGCUAUGGGAUGGAACAUUGUUUACCAGUUUCGUAGAGCUCAGGACGAGGUCGAUCGGUAUCUUAAGAUCAUUCCACUCAUCACUUUGGUGGACAAUAUUCGGAUUCGGGAGAGGUUGGAAGCUAUUGACAGUGAUCAGCGUGAGUACACUCUUGAUGAAGAGGAUAGGAAAGUGCAAGAUGUUAUUUUGAAACAAGAGUCCACUAGAGAUGCUGCUACGUCGGUUUUAAAGAAGACUCUCUCUCGUUCUUACCCGAACAUGGGUUUCUGCCAAGCACUCAAAACAGAGGAGGAGAAAUUAAAACACGAGUUGCAACGUUCGCGGGCGCGUUAUGAUACUGAUCAAUGUGAAGUCAUACAGCAUUUGAUUGAUCAUGUUACACAAACUGCUGCUUCUGCUGAUCUUGAUUCUGAAAAGGUGUUGACUAAGAAAAAGUCUAGUAAAGAAGAGCUUACCACCUCUAGCAAGAAGAAAGAUGAUUUGUAUGAAACGGAUAGUGGUAUUCGAACAACUUCAAGAUCAACGUCUUAUGUCUCAUCCGAACAUGAACUAGUUUCUGGAAUAUCAUCACGACACCGUGAAGAUUGGCACACCGACUUGUUGGAUUGUUGUUCAGCACCUUCUCUAUGUUUGAAGACAUUCUUUUUCCCGUGUUGUACGUUGGCGAAGAUUUCCACCGUCGCAACUAACACAAAAAUCUCUUCAGCUAAAGCUUGUAAUGAGCUAAUGGUGUAUUCUUUGAUACUCUCAUGCUGCUGCUACACUUGCUGCAUAAGGAAGAAGCUUCGAAAGACACUCAACAUAAAGGGAGGGUCCAUUGACGACUUCUUGUCACAUCUAAUGUGUUGUUGUUGUGCCCUUGUCCAAGAACUGAGAGAAGUCGAGAUCCGUGGAGCUUCUUCGCACGCAGGUACAGAGAAGGAUAAGGAAAUGAGUCCACCAACACCUCAGUUCAUGGAAGAAUGAAGACUUGUCCAACACGGAACAUAAUUGGUUUUUCUUCAUUAAAUGAAUAUCUUCUAAUUUUAAUGUUGACAUCAUCAUUUAAUGUAAAUUAGAUUGGGAACAAUAUGGAGAUUUCAGAACGUUCCUUAUACUUUUCUAUCGAUUACUACAUAGAGACAUAUGAGACAACACGAAUAUCAUUGUUAUCGGUGAAUAGAAUGUUUUGAUCAUAACUUUUGGUGUUUUGAAGAUUUUAGUUUUUCA